AUGUCACAAGGCUCUAAUUCAAGAUCACAGGUUUAUAAGAUUACUUAUCAGAAGAAGCUUAUAAAAGAAUUAUCUACUGAGCCUAGUACUUCACAAGAUCCUGUAACUAGAAAAGAAAAUGCAAAUAAUUUUGUUAAUUUGUAUAAUAAUAUAACCUAUGCAGAAACUCAAAAUAAAAUUAUUAAUCAGAAUAUUGUAACCAGCUAUUAUUUUUUUGGUAAAGCACCUAUUGAUAGAUAUAAAUAUUAUAAAACAAAUAAUCCAAAAUAUACAGCCCAAGCAUUAGUUAAUAAAGAAAUUAGUGAACAACUUCCUACUACAAUUA